CGUGUGUCAAAGUGCGGUUGUCCGUCCCCCUGUCAAAGCGCCAGGGAAAAAAAAGUGCAGAUAUUUUUCCUGUUUUAGGUGGCGAUUGGGCCGCCAGUGCGCGUUUUGUGGAAGCAAUUUUAGUGCUGCAAAAGCCAAGCUCCGCCAGGUGCUGUAGACAAGGACGCGGCCACGGCCUGAAAGCGAUAGCGGCGGAACAUUGCCAACGCGGGUGGUGGGAAUAGACAAAAUCGACUCCAAAAUGGGUCUGCUCGAGCAACUGCAGGAACAGGGCUGGCAUCUGCUUCCGGCUGGGAUUGAGCGGUUGCUGGAGGGAACGCCCGGAUCUACUUUAGACGCAAAGCAGGCAAUUAAACUGGCAUUGGAUAUCGACUUACGCGAGAUUGGCGGCGGUGCUUUGGGCUCCAUCUCGGCUCGGGGCACCAAGGCGGACUCCUUCGACGGAAACGUCGUGGUACAGGUGCUGAAGGUUCGCAACAUUUCCGCACCGAAAGCCAACGAAGAAUCGAAGGCGGCCCCACGACUGCUGAAGCUGACCAUAACGGAUGGCCAAACGCAGUACUCAGCGCUCGAGGGUGAGCACGUACCUUCGCUGAGUCUGGACACGGCCCCGGGAACGAAGAUUUAUCUGAAGAAUGGACCGAUCAAGAUACUGCAGGGGAUGCUUAUACUGAACGCUAAUAAUGUUUCGAUUUUGGGUGGUAAAGUGCCGGCUUUGUUUGAUAAGUGGGAACUGACACGGGCGAUGGCCAAAUACGCCAAGGGAGGUCGAAUGCAGCUGAGCGCGUCGGGACCACCGCCGUGGAUUCCGUUUGGACAGAAAAUUCAACAGAACAUACCGAGUAGUGAUACGAAGAACUUUAAAAGUUUGCAAACUAAAGAGAAGGACGAAUCAAAGGAGAACGCUGAAUUUACCGCGUUAAGGAAUGAUGCCAUUGCCGAAGCCAACAAGCUGGGCACGAAAAAGACGUUCGGAGGAGGGGCGAAGCAGAUGGUUGACGCGAACGUGCAGAAGAUCAUGGACAAAGGGUUCAGCGAGGAGCAGGCGAAUCAUGCGCUGAAGCUCACUCGGAACAACGUACAACGUGCGUUGGGCAAUCUCCAGCGAAUUGAAGAACGCAGACAGCGAGAUCAACCUUUCAGUGAAGAUGGGGGCGAUUUCAAAGCUGGUAAAGUGGAACCACCUCAAAGAAUGGGCAAACCAUCGUUCAGAGGAAAGCGAGAAUCCGAAUCGGACGGCUCGUCGAAACCUUCCGCGAAGGUUUCGCUGUUUGACUUUUUGGAGGACAUCCUGCCGGAAACGGACGCCUCGGCGAACAAGAAGAGCUCAAGCAAGGAAUCUACGCCGUUUGGUGGAAAGGACGGCAAGCCUGGUGCGGAUAGGUACGAGAGUAAAUACAACUCUUACUCCGGCUCGAAUCACAACAACCGAUCAUCGGCACCGAAUCCGUACCAGUCGAACUCGUCGUCAAGCUACAACAGUGGCAGUGCGGCGGCGAGCAAGAGUUACAACCAGCAGCGCUUUGAAAACAACAUCUCGAGCAGUUUCGCCAACCGAAACACCCACCCAGGUCCGGGCAACCGAAGUUACGGACAGCAGAAUUCGCAGCACCAGAACUCGAAUCCCUCGGGCGGAUACAAGCAGCAGCAGCAGUCUUCGUACAACGAUUACAACAGCAACCGAGGAUACCGGGGAGGUCCGCCAAACUCAACUGGCGGCGGCGCCGGUUAUCACGCCAGUGAAGGACACCCCCGGGGUGGACGUCCCGAGUCCAAAUACAAUCAAUCUCAUUCUUCCUACAACAACCCGCACCAGCAGAGCCAGCAACAGUAUCGAAGCGAUAGCUACAACAACAACACUAGCAGCAACAGCAACGCAGGAUCUCAAGGCAACAGCAAAUACGCGACCAGCAGCGGGAAAUCUCAACCGACGAGCAAUUCGAGUUAUGGAGGUUACGGAGCUCAUACGGACAGUCGAGGGCCGCAGAGCUACAACGGACAAGCGGAUGGUGGUGGUGGUGCUGGCAGGAAACAUCCUGGAUAUCAGCAACAGCAGCAGCAGCAGCAGCAAUCGUCGUACCAGGGAAGCAAACCGGUGCAGGGCUACAACGCGACUGGAGGUGCUGCAGCGAGUGUUGGGAAUCACACCGGUGGACAAGCGAGUAACGCUGCGAACAAUAAUCAUUACGGACAGCAGCACAGUGCGGGUGGUGCGACUAACAACUACAACAACAGUAACAGUACUCAGGGAGUUAAGCCCGCGAAAGCAUCCCGCUACACCAAGGAAGACUCUCAAAAGUUCUCCGGACCUCCGCCAAAGUCAACGACGACGACGACGCAGGCACCGCCACCACAGCCACAACCAACACAAGCCAGAAACUCGUCUGGACCGCCGCAAAAGGUCAAUCAAUCUCCGCCACAACAUGGCACCCCGGCAAGCGGAAUGCAGCCACCGUUCGUAUCCGGCAACAACAAACAACCGAGUCCGGGUCCACCCGGAAGUGCCGUCAGCAACAACAACAUCAACAAUAAUAAUGCCAAGAUGGCGCAGCUUACGGAAGCGACCGCCGGAAUGCAGAUCGGCAAUAGCAAGCCGUUCAACAACAACAACUCGCAGGUUAAGCCGCACCAGCAGCAGGCUCCGAUGGUCAGCGGACCUCCGCCGCCGGCCACUACUCCGGUGGUACCAAAGAACUUUAUCCAACUGCCAAACGGGUUCAACUACAACCCGUACCAGAUCAUGGGUUUCCAGAACAAGCAAACCAACGAGUUCGCGCUGAACGUGCUGAAGAGCCAACAGUUUGACGCCCUGCAGACGGCACAUCUGGCGGGUGGACCCCCGGUGCAGGCGAUUCCGGGCGUACCGAUCCCGGGAACGGCCACCGUUGUGUCUUCCGUACUAGCGCCAGCUGGUCCAGCGAUGCCGGCGGGAGCUCUACCCAACUGGAAGAUCGGGGACCGAUGCCUUGCCAAGUACUGGGAAGACGGAGGGUUCUACAACGCCGAAAUAACCGCAAUCUCGGAGAGCACGUUCGUGGUGUGCUUCCUCGAGUACGGCAACUACGAGGAGGUGCUCAAGACGGACUGCAUCCCGUUGGCGGGAGGGCCGGCCGGUCCACCGCACCCCUCGGCGACCAUGGGCUUCCACCAUCCGCAGGCGGCGCUCGGCGUGCCCCAGCCACAUCCGGCAAUGAUGGCCCCUCACCCACCGCCACCACCAGCAGGUGCCUAUCCCGUACAGCAGCAGCAGGGAGUACCAGACAGUCAAUCAGCUGCGCAGCAGCAGCAUUACAACCCCGGCUACAAACCCCAACCCAGUCAGUAUGCUCCUCACCCGCACCAACACGGUCAUCCGCCGCCACCCCACCACCAUCAGCAGCAACGACCUUCCAAGUUCCGGGAGCAACGGCCCAUGUACGUGCCGCCGGCGCAACGGAAGUAAUGCUGCACCACUCUGUGUGUUAAACGACAUCAUCGAUCUAAAUGUGCGUCCCCCUCCGUCACCCCUUUCUAGUGCUAGACAACUUUUUCGCUUUUCGUGUAAUUGAUUCAAUCCCACGAACUAGUUGUGAACACCCCCCACACAAACACAGUCAAACGUGACAAAAAAUGAGUGAAGAAAGAGAGAGAGAGAGAUACCAGGCCAGAGAUGAAAUUUAUAUCGAACUAUUUUCGUACUGAUUUCUCGUUUUUUGUAUAAAAUUGUUAAGAUUUUUGCGUUUUCAUUCGCGCGGGGCAGGACUGCUGGCUUCAAGUCGAUGAUCUGGACGCCAAAAGGUAGCAUGAACGGCGAGCUGGAGAGGCUGCAGGUCUGCGCUCUCGCGAAGAAAACUACUUGUGGCGUAGGAAUAACUAGCAGAUAGAGAACAAAAUGCAUAUAAACAUUUACCAAUUAUGUUGUAUUUAAUACAGGAGAAAAAUAAAUCUUUUGAUUGAA